AAAUAAGUAAUAUUGAAUUUCAAGCUGUAAACUCGACAGGUUAUUUGAAUUAAAAAAUAGCCUACAUUUUGUUAAAGACUUUUAAAUUGUGAUCUCUGACGAUUAAGAACCAUGUUUUAUUUAAGUGAGACUUUUCAAAUUUCCGGAUAAGAAAUCAGAGUAUUGUCCAACCAAAAAAUAAAAAGUUUGUGUUUAAAGAACAAUACAACUGGAUUUAAUUCAACAAAAACAAUCUACAUGUCAAGCUCGAAAAAUACUAAGUCAAGAAAACCAAGUUCAACAAAAAAACACCAUUCUCCUCCAUCUAGCAGCCAGAGGGGGAAAAAUAUAAAUACUUUUAAAAUUGAUGAAUUUAAAUCUAUUCUAAUUGAUGACGACUUAUGGCAGCCUUUGAUGUUGAGUGUGUUAGUGGAAAAUAAGGAGUUAAAUGAUAAAUUGCUAAUGCAAUUAAAUAACUUACCAGCCAACCUAACUGUCAUUACACCAAACGAUUUGAGCACAAACGAAAAAGAAACUCCUAAUAUAGGAAGUACGAAAAACUCCCAAAAACGCAACAGAUCAACUAGUGCAAGCAGUAGAAAAUCAAAAAGAACAGGGGAUACCAAAGUUAAAAACGGUGUCAAUCAAAAGGAAAAUAACGAUGAAGCAGAUUGUGGAAAUCCUGAUCUAAGAUAUAUUUUAUGUAAGAAGUACAUUUUGAAGUUAAGAAAUAGUGAUCUUGAAAAUGAAAAUAAAAGAAAUUAUAUAGAGAUGGAAAUGACCAAUGAAACAAAAAAUCGGGAAGGCAGGGAUUUUAGAAGUGGAGAAAAAACUUUAUUUCAAAGAUAUGUCAUUCUAUGGGGAUUUUAUGAUUCAAAUUUGAUCGAAACAUUUUCAGAUUUUAAUAUUCCAAUCAGUGCAAUAAUUGACAUAAAAGAAAAACCAUUGCCCGGAACAAAUGAAACAAUACCAGAGAUGGAAAAGAAACCUAAGAAAAAACAAAAACCACUAAAUCUUCAAAGCUCCGAAGAAUACUCAGUAUUCAUAGAAAGAUUUAAGGAAAAUAUCAAAGAUAAAACAUUUUUAGAAAGAUAUAAAGACCUACUAUUUCUGGAAUAUGACACAUAUACAGGAGAUGGGAAAAAGUCCUUUCCAUCAAGCUUCUUUUAUUUGUUGAAUGAAAUCAACAAAGCUAAGGGACAGUAUAAUCAUUACAAAAAAUGCUUGAAAAUACAAGAAAUUCCAGAAAUUCAGGGAACUCUUACUUUGGAUGAUGUUCCCUUAUACUCUACGAUGGUUUCUAUGGUUCCUCUUGAAUGCAUAACAAUACCUGUCAUCGUUCACUGCAUGCUGGAACAGGUAUGUUGGUGGGAUGAACAUAUUCUCCACACAGCAAACACUUGUGAAAAUAUAGAAGUUGCAAACAUUAGUGACGUGAUUUCAAGUAGUAGUGAUACAGAAAAAAAAUCAUCACACCCGAGUACAAACACAAUUAUUUCAGAAAACUCUUUUAAUAUUGAAACUACUGUUAAAAAUAUAACUCCGACUUUGAUUGACCAUAGAGAUGAAAUAACAAAUAUCACAUUUCACUGUCACCUACCAGAAAUUGACUUCCAAACCAUCACUAUGGAUAUGUUGUUAAAGUCUCCUGUUUACAAUUUGUGGCUGAAAUAUCCAAUAGCAUCCCCAUCUAGUUUAAAAUGGCACGAUUUCCAUUUGCAAAGGUUUAAAAAAUGUGCAGCAAACUGUUACUUUGAUGUGGAUAGCAUCUUUACAUUUUACUUGCAUCAGUCAAUAUUUAAUAUUUUUACUUCAAAGAAGGACAAGCUCUCCAUUAAGAAAGGUGCUGAUGUAGGCUUAUUCAAUUACGAAGAAAGUGAUUUUCAUUCAAAUAAACGAGAUGAAGAUAUGAAUGUGAAUCAAUUUGUUCAUGGAAUGCUAAGCAACGUUUUAUGUCAAGUUUCACAACGAUACUCCACCAACUUCUCUCAAUCAGCUGAUAGUUAUUCCAAGUCUAUAGAAUCAUUGGAAAAUGUGUCUUGUUACACUGAUUCCAUGUCCUCUAUAUCACCCGAAUGUUAUAAGAGAAAAACUCCAGAAUUUCUCAAAGGUAUAUCCUCACACGACAAGAUAGUUAACUACAGAAUCAAGAAACUCAACAAGUUGAAAUCUUUCCUCUUUUGUUCCGAAUUCACUGAUCUGUACGAAGAUUUAAAAAAAUAUUUAGAUAAUGACACAGAUUUUACUAAGACCUACGAGUUCGUAGAAUAUCUAAAAGUAAAUACUAUGUGUCAAAGCUUACAAAAUGCUUAUGAAAACUUUAUUGAUGCCAAUUAUUUUUACUUUCCAUUAACUGACACGCUUUUGUUAUGGUUUAAUAAUUCUGAGGACAAAGACCUUACAUGUUCUAGAAAAGUAAAAGGUGUACUUGAAACUCCAUUGGGUUUUCGGGAGUUUUACAAGUAUAAAAUUGGAGGGAGGUUAAAUUUUGAUGAUUUGCCAAAUGAAGACAGCGUCCCGAGUGAGCUGAAUACAAACAUGUCGAAAUCUGGUGAUUUAAGUGUUAACUCUGAGCAUACGUCAAGUAGAGAAAGUCCUAAAGACAAUUUCCCGAUAUUAUCAGUAGCCAAUUUAGGGCCAUUCAGGAUAGAGCAUAAUGAGCACAUUGAACAUUUCUGUUCUCCUGAUAGUACAAAGGUGAUGGUAAAGAGAACCAACAGUUUUUUUGACAAGAUGAAUGUUGCAGUAUCGAUAAACAAAAAUAACACUAGUUUGUCUUAUAGUUUUGUUCCUCAAUUGUUUACUCCAUUUGUAGACGUGUUAAUUAAGUUCCACAAUGAAAUAAGGGGUUUCAUUAGCCUGACAUGGUGUCUGGACACCCAAGAGGAAAGACAUUUGAAUUCUAUCACAUCUCCUCAGUCAAAACAAACCAAUUGUUUUUCAUUAAAUUGCGAUUUAAGUUUUACUUUACCUUCAGGACUACUGGUCGAGGUUGUUCAGACAAAAUCCGAAUUUGGACCAUUCUACGUACGUCAGAGGUACUUGAGUAAAGGUCUAACAUGUAGUCGAAUUUGGGACGAGACCCAUCGCUGCUACUUGAACAACGGGACAAUCCUUACAUUUUACUCAGAUGGUACAGUGUGUAUUCUCUACAGCAAUGGAACAACAGUCAAUUGUCUCUCAUUUGAAUGGGAAAAGAUUGUUUUAGAAAAAGUCUCACCAGAUGAAAAUUUGUUGAAAGGAAAUAGCCUUAAGGGUCAAGCCAAAAACAAUUCGAAGAACACGAUGACUGACAAGAGCACAAAGAAAAUUGGAAAAGGAAAAACCAAAGUUAAAAAAGAGGGAAAGAAAAUACCAGGAUUUAACAUGAAUGAAGACAGUUUAAAUAAAGCAAACGAGGACAGCAUGCAAGAAAUAUACGAGUGUAAAGUGACUCAGCAUUCUGUAGUUUCUUGGGAUGGUUCUUGUGAAGAAUUUAACCAACAUUUGAAUAAAAAAAGUUCUAAACUACAUGAUGUAAGAAUGGCUUUUGAACCGAUUAACCAAGAACUAUAUUUACAGCGUACCGAUGGAUUGUCUAGCUUAUUCAAACCUUAUCAACUCUCAGUUUUAUUUCCUGAUGGCUCUAAAAUAACAUCAUUGGCAUAUGAUGACAAGGAAAUCUGUGAAAACAGCAACUUUGCGACAGUGGGAAAUUUUGAAAAGGAAUAUAACAGAGUUGAUAAAAUAGGAAAUCAAACCCAAUCAAAUGGUUCAGAGUCCUUUGCAGACUCUUUAGAAGAGCAAAACCCUUCUAAUGACAGCAAAAGCCAAUAUAACCAAGACAAUUUAAACGAAGACAGUUUUGUUUAUGUGGAAACAUCAUACACAUUUGAACAUACAAACUAUGCUAGGGUUGAAUUUAAUAAUGCUGAAUAUAGAGUAAGAAUUGCAUUGCCAGGGAAUAUCUUGGUGCAUAUAGAAAAAAAUGGAUUGUUUACCAUAGAAUCAAAUGAAAAUGAGAAGAUAACAAUGACAGAUAACAACUUGAUUUUUGAAGCUCAAGUUUUGGAAAAUUCUAACAAACAAUCAAUUACAACUUUAUACUUCAAUAAUGCCAGCACUAUCCCAGUUGUAUCUUGUCAAACUGUAGAUAGUUUUUGCAAUGUCUUUUCAGUUAGCGAAAAGGGUUACACAAGCAUUGUGAAAAGUGAGGAUUGCAAAAAUUGUGUUUUUGAUUUAUCUGAUUGUACUCCUCUACACCCAGAAAAUUUUGAACGGUAUUUUGUAGUAAAAAGAGAUUUGUCAGGUUAUGAAAUGAUUCGAAGGUUAGAAAAUAACAAGAGUGCACAAAUGAUAAAGACUGCCCUAGUGAAAAAUAAUGAUGACUUGUUUACUUUAUAUUCUCAAAUUCCAGUUUUUAAAAACCAUUCUGAAAAAUAUUUAAUGAGUUAUGUAACAGAAAACAAUCAACCGACUUUAAUAAAAAGAAAAGAUUUACUUAAGCUAGAAGAAAUGCCCAAAAUUAUUUGGUUUUAUCCACAUCUCUCAAACAUUAAGAUGGGGAAUAUUGAUGAAAAUAUACUGAAUAAUAUACAUGUGAUAUCCCAGAAAACUAUACCGUCUCCUGUCGCAAUGACCAUAUACAAAUGUUUAAAAAUUAAAAAUAACUUUAAUGUAUCCUGUUGGUUUUCAAAAGCCAUAAAACAAUAUAAAAAAAUAGGUGAGGUUAAAAUAAAUCAAUAUUUUGAUCACUACCCAGAGGAAAUAAAGGAUGAAGAAGUCGAAACUGAGGGGGAACUUCAUAAAUUGCAUGUUCUUGGAUCAGAAAGUUAUUACUUGACAGACAAUGUACCAGAAAUGUCCUUUGAUGCAUUCAGUGAUAAAGAUCAAAUCAGUAUCUACAGUGUUUCAGAGUGAAAAUCAAAAUUCAAUAAACAAUCUGUGUUUUAUUCUGUCAAAAAAUAAGACCCCCCCCCAAGUAAACUACUCAUUGUAGCCUACUAAGAAUAAUUGUGAUAUCUGAUAUAACUUAACCAGUUUAGGAGUUAAAUAAACGAAAAUAGCUUAAUGUACAAUGUUUAAUAGUAUAUUUCUAAAAAUAUAUUUACAAGUACAAAAUUGUUACUAGGAUAAAUAGGUGUCUCCGUUGCAAUAUAAAAAAUAAAGGCACAACCCUAGGCUUUUGUGGCAGAUUUUUGUCAAGAAUAGUCUAAAUAUGUUAAAAAUACACAAUUACAGACCUAAUAUAAUAGGUUAUG